GUGUUUGUUUGCCUCCUUGCAGAGCAGUGUUUUGGGAUGAUGCCUCUACCAGCUUUGCACGUCAAAAGAGAAUUUUUCUUUUGUUUUGCUACUUUACGAAAAGGUCAGAUUGGAUUGAUACUGCCUGUGAACUAUUUUGAAGUAUUGACACAAUUUAUCAGUAAUGGACUUUGACUAGGCCAUUGUGACACAUAAACAUGCGUUCAUAUAUAGCAAUCUUAGCUUCCUCCCUCAAUCCCAAAUCAUGACUGUUGGGUUAAUUAGUUUCUCCAAAUUGCCCUUAAUUAUGAGUUUGUGUGUGGUUGUUUAUCUUGAGUGGCUUUAAGUUGUUCUGUGAUGGACAGGCGAUCCUUCACCCAAUAACUGCCUUUUUUCCCCACUAAUGUUCUCUAAAAAAUCCCACUUAGGCCUUCAUAGAAAAGCUGGAUUUAUGUUGAUGACAUUACAUGCAGGUGUGUACUCAUUAGGUGACUAAUGAAGGCAAUUGGUUGCAGUGGACUUUAUUGAGGCAAAUCAAAAGAAAGAGAGCUGAAUGCCAUACUUUUCAGAGUUUUAUUUGUAAAAUGACUUGAAAGCAUUAUUAUUUCCUAAUUAUGCAAUACUUUUUGUUUUUUCCUCAGUUUCCUCAAAACUACAUUGAAAUUUCUGUUGUGGCAUAAAAAAAUAGUAGAAAACAGGUUUCGCCCCUUACUGUCCUCCGCUCCAGUUGUCUUUACAUUUCUUUGUGUUCUGCAGAGCACCUGCCUGCGAUUGUCUUCCUCACGUUCCCUCUGUCCUUUUAUUUUCUCUGACUGUUUCACUCCCCUCCCCUCUCUUAUGAAAGAGCUGGCUUCAGCAGUCUGACUGAACCAAGCGAUGCAUUCCCACUCGCACACCGGGUGCUGCUGCCCUGUACGAGCUAAUCGCUGGGUCCGUGUGUGUUCCUGGUUGCGCCUCAGCACUGAGGAUACGGAGCUUCCUGCGUGCUGCUAGGCAGCCCAGACUCAUUCUGCCGCAUUCAUGCCUCCUACCGCCACCAUUACGCAGAGGAAUUCCCUGCCGUCUCCUCAACCGCUGCUCACAGACAGAGUGAGUGUUGGUUAGAGAGAGAGAGGAGAGGAGAGGAGACGGGCUGCAAAGCGACACUGACAGAUAGAGGACAGAGCUGGAUUUUGUGCUGGAUUGACACAUGAAGAUGCGCCGUGUUUGUUUAUGUGGAAAGUACUUUUUAUGGCAUUUAUCAUUGAUCUUUGUGCUAUGGGACUGCGCACAUAUGUAAGAAGGAACACCGUGUAUUUAUGUGUGCGUGUGAGUGAGUGUGUGAGCGGCUGUUCCUGAUGCGGUCAGAACGGGCGAGCCGUGUGUGUAUUGUGGUGCUGGAGGAGGUGGAGGAGGACGAGCCCUCUCCUUCAUCCCCACCUCCUCGGCCCAAAGCGUCUCAUCAAGUCCCUGGAAGGGCUGUCGCGCAGGACGAUAAGCCAUCUCUGCUGAGAGCCAUCUUUAACGUGGACCCAGACGAAGUUCGCUCUCUUAUCUUUAAGAAAGAGGAUGUCAACGUUCAGGACAACGAGAAGCGAACCCCUCUUCACGCUGCAGCAUACCUCGGAGACGCUGAGAUUAUUGAGCUGCUCAUCCUUUCAGGAGCCAGGGUUAAUGCCAAAGAUAACAAGUGGUUGACUCCUCUACACCGAGCUGUGGCUUCUUGUAGCGAGGAUGCGGUGACGGUGCUGCUGAAGCACAGCGCAGACGUAAACGCUCGGGACAAGAACUGGCAGACGCCGCUUCACGUAGCAGCCAGCAACAAGGCGGUCCGCUGUGCCGAAGCUCUGGUGCCACUGCUGAGCAACGUCAAUGUAUCGGACCGUGCAGGACGCACUGCGCUGCACCACGCUGCCUUCAGUGGCCAUGUAGAGAUGGUGAACCUGCUGCUCUCCAGAGGAGCCAACAUUAAUGCGUUUGACAAGAAGGACAGGAGAGCCAUCCACUGGGCAGCCUACAUGGGUCACCUGGAGGUUGUUAAGUUGCUGGUGGCCAGUGGAGCUGAGGUCGACUGUAAGGACAAGAAAGCUUACACGCCGCUUCAUGCAGCCGCCUCCAGUGGCAUGAGCAGCACAGUGCACUACCUGCUGAGCCUGGGUGUCCAUGUGAACGAGGUUAAUGCCUAUGGCAACACACCGCUCCAUUUGGCCUGCUACAACGGACAGGACGUGGUGGUUGGCGAGCUCAUCGAGGAAGGAGCGAGCGUAAAUCAAGUAAACGAGAGAGGCUUUUCUGCACUUCACUUCGCUUCGUCUUCACGCCAAGGUGCGCUGUGCCAGGAGCUGCUGCUGGCCCACGGAGCAUGCAUCAACUUGAAGAGUAAGGAUGGUAAGACUCCUCUACACAUGGCAGCUACACAUGGGCGCUUCUCCUGCUCCCAGGCCCUCAUUCAAAAUGGAGCUGAGAUCGACUGUGAAGACAGAAGCAGGAACACUGCCCUUCACAUCGCAGCCCGCUACGGCCAUGAGCUCAUCAUCACGUCGCUCAUCAAAGAUGGAGCCAGCACUGCCAAGAGAGGCAUUCACGGGAUGUUACCGCUACACCUGGCAGCUCUCAGCGGCUUCUCCGAUUGCUGCAGGAAGCUGCUGUCCUCAGGUACAAGUCUCGCUCACACCGUCUCCUGCCAGCGGAAUCACCUGCUUGACAUCCAAAUUGAUGCCAACUGCAUAUUUUGUACAGGAUUUGUCAUAGACACCCCCGAUGACUUUGGUAGGACCUGUCUGCAUGCGGCUGCAGCCGGAGGAAACCUGGAGUGUCUGAACCUGCUGUUGAACACAGGAGCUGACUUCAACAGGAAGGACAACUUUGGCAGGGCUCCGCUACACUACUCAUCGGCCAACUGUAACUACCAGUGUGUGUUUGCUCUGGUGGGCUCUGGGGCCAGUGUUAACGAUCUGGAUCAGAACAGCUGCAGCCCUUUGCACUACGCGGCGGCUGCCGACACGGAGGGAAAAUGUGUGGAGUACCUGUUGAGGAACGAUGCAGAUCCAGGCGUGAAGGACAGACAGGGUUACAACGCAGUGCACUACGCCUCUGCCUACGGCCGCACACUCUGUCUGGAACUGAUCGCAAGUGUGAGACCACUUGAUGUGUUAAUGGAGACCUCAGGAACCGACAUCCUGAGGGACUCAGAUAGUCAGGCCCCCCUAAGUCCACUCCAUCUGGCGGCUUACCACGGACACUGCGGGGCGUUGGACGUUCUCCUGGUAUCCCUGCUGGACAUGGACGUGCGCAGCCCGGACGGACGCACCCCGCUAAGUUUAGCCUGCUCCAGGGGCCACCAGGAAUGCGUGUCCCUGCUGCUCCAUCACGGAGCCUCCCCCAUGACCCGCGACUAUAUAUAUAAGAAGACAGCCUUACAUGCUACAGCUAUGAAUGGCCACCCAGAGUGCCUGCACCUGCUUCUGAGUAGCAACAAUCAACACAUCAAUGUGGAUGCACAAGACAACAACAAACAGACUCCCCUGAUGUUGGCAGUGCUGAACGGACACACAGAGUGUGUGUACUCUCUGCUCAAUCAAGGAGCCUGUGUAGAAACCCAGGACCGUUGGGGUCGGACAGCCCUGCACCGCGGGGCUGCCACAGGCCAGGAUGAGUGUGUGGAGGGCCUCCUCCAGCGAGGGGCCAGCGUGUGUGUGAAGGACAUCCGGGGCCGCACCCCGCUGCACCUGGCUUCAGCUUGUGGCCACGUGGGAGUCCUGGGAACUCUCCUGCAGACCACGCCCCCCUCCCUCACUCACCUCACAGACAACCAGGGCUACACGCCGUUACACUGGGCCUGCUAUAACGGUUACGAUGCAUGUGUGGAGGUUUUGUUAGAUCAUGAGGCGUUCAGGAAGAUCAAGGGAAACUCCUUCAGCCCGCUGCACUGUGCUGUAAUGAACGAUAACGAGGGCGUGGCCGAGAUGCUAAUCGACUGCCUGGGUGCAAACAUCGUCAACACCACGGACUCCAAGGGAAGAACCCCCCUCCAUGCUGCUGCGUUUUCUGAUCACGUGGAGUGCAUUUCUCUUCUCCUGAGCCACGGAGCUAAGGCUAACGCUGUCGACACGCUCGCACACAAAACACCGCUGAUGAUGGCAGCUCUGAACGGACAGACCAACGCUGUGGAGGUUCUGGUGAGCAGUGGGAAAACAGAUUUGUCCCUGCAGGAUGUAGCCAGGAACACUGCUCUGCAUCUUGCUUGUAGCAAAGGUCAUGAAACUAGUGCAUUGUUGAUCCUCGAGAAAAUCAGCGACAGGAACUUGAUCAACUGCACCAAUGCUGCUCUCCAGACGCCGCUGCACGUAGCAGCCAGGAUGGGGCUAACGGUGGUGGUCCAGGAGCUGCUGGGAAAAGGAGCCAGCGUUUUGGCGGUGGAUGAGAACGGUUACACCCCAGCUUUGGCCUGCGCUCCGAAUCGCGACGUAGCCGACUGCUUGGCCCUCAUCCUCAACUCGAUGAUGCCCACCUCCCCCAUGGUGACGAUCGCCGCCAUUCCCGCUUUGUCUCUCACCCAGACGGUGAUCAACCACCACCCGACCUCAAACCACAUCUCCAAAGGAGUUGCGUUCGAUACUCCACCGUCUCUGAGACCCGACCACGCCUCAUACUGCAGGCCAGAGAGGCCGCUGUCCUCCGUUUCCGCGGACGACGAACUGAACGACUCGGACUCUGAGACCUACUGAGGACUUUUGGAGACGGCCUCACGAUCCUGGCAGGCUAGCCAACCACUCAGGAGCCUUAAUAGAUAACUGACUGAAAGAUGGGGAAAGUAGAGCAGGUGAUUUUUGGGGUAAGCUUCCUUUAAAUAAUUUUAAAAAUAGCCUUUUAUACAAACCACAUAUAGUGCCUUGCAAUUGCAUUCCUACCCAUUGAUGUUUUUCAGACCUUGUCACGUUACAG